GUAUGCAAUCCAUUCCAUACACUUUUAUGCACUGUUUGUAUUCUUUCAGUGGUUCCCAACUUUGGUCAUCCCAUGGGGACAAAAGAGAGAGAUGGGGAAUUUUUAAUAACUCACUAAACCAGGUUCGUUAGUAUUCUCCAUUCCUUUUCCAUUUGAUUAAUAAUUGUUUUCCCACAUUCUGCCUUCCUUCAAGAACACCCCUCAAAAUUUUCUUGCCCCUUCGCCUCUUCCAUUUCUCUCUGAAAAACACCUUCUAGACUUCCUCCUAAUUACCAUGGGUUUUGAUGAUAUUUGUAAAGCUGGCCCUGGCCUCGGUCUUGGUAUUGAUCUUGAUCUUGGUCUUGGUGUAGGCAGUUGCCUUGUGGAGCAAGAAAACGUUUCGCAAUCUGUUCAUAAAAGAAAGAAAAAGAAAUUUAUCUCUGUCAAGAAUGAUCAGCAAUUUUUGCCCACUCUUACUUUGGGUCCUUCAACUGAUCAAGGAGAUCAUCAAUCUCGCGAUCAUCACCAACAAGCCUCUUCUCCCAGUGCGGUAUCCUCGUUUUCCAACUCUAGUGUCAAGAAAGAGGGGGAUUUAGGCGGCGAGGAGGUGGAGUUGGAGAGAGUUUCUUCGAGGGUAAGUGAUGAAGACGAAGAAGGUAGCCCCAGAAAGAAACUUCGGCUUACCAAAGAACAGGCUGCCGUUUUAGAAGACAGUUUCAAAGCACAUAGCACUCUCAACCCUAAGGAAAAGCAAGCUUUAGCGCAACGACUGAAUCUAAGGCCGCGACAAGUUGAAGUAUGGUUUCAGAACAGGAGAGCAAGGACAAAGCUGAAGCAGACUGAAGUGGAUUGUGAAUUACUGAAGAAAUGUUGUGAGAAACUUACAGAAGAGAACAAGAGGCUGCACAAGGAGGUGCAAGAGCUUAGUAAAUCAAUGAAAGCGACGGCGGCAAAGUACUUCACGCAGCUGCCGGUAGCAACCCUGAGCAUGUGCCCUUCCUGUGAGAGGGUUGCCAGUGGUGGUGAUGUUGGCUCUCCCAUUGAGGGCUUAUACAAUAGGGCAGAAGUCACAAUUCUAUAAUCCGUUCAGUCAUCACCAGCACGCAGCCUGGUAGGAAAGGCAGCGAGAGACUGGCAGACAGUGCUGGUUUUCUUCAGAGCAUCCUCUGUCUACAAAUACUAAUAUACAUGAUCAAGUAAUUAAUUUCACUAAAACAUACUGCUAGAGUCUCCUAUCUCUUGUAAAAAUGUUGUAAAUUUGUAGUGAAUUUUUCUACUAGACUCUUCUUGAUUAUGUUCUAGUUGGAAAAUAAUUUAUUUACUAAGCU